UAAUAUGACAGCAAUACAAAUUGUAUGUAACUUGCUUGCCCCUACUAAUGGUGCAUCUAAAAAUGAAUUAAAAGAAGUAUUAGAUAAUACAAAAUUGGCAUAUAAUGAAAUAAAAAUUCAGCAUUUAUUAGAGCAUGAUACUCAUCGUUUUAGAGAUAAUAUUAGUCCGUGGACUAGGCUUCAUGAACUUCAACCAGAUUCUGAAGUACAAGAUAAUAAUUAUAAACAUUAUUAUCAACUUACUUUAAAUAGAAAGUAUGAUUUAAAUAAUGACCAUGCACUAAUUUUAGUUCUUACAGUUGAGGAUCAAGCUAGUUAUAGUUCAUCUAUAGCAAUUGGGUUUUCAAAUAAAAAAAAUCAAUUUAUAAUUUGUAUUGCUGUUGAGGCUGUUCAAAAAAAUAUACCAUGUACUCAAUCAGAAUAUUCAUACUCUUUUUAUUAUAUUGAUUUGCCAAAUAACAAAGGAUUUCAAUGUAUUAGACAAUGUAACUCUAAUUGA